AUGUCGUCGCUUAUCGUUUCGCACGAUUUGCAUUUAAUGAUGCUAGAAAUUGCCGUGGAAAACUUGUACGUUCCCUGGACUUCCGAGUUUGACAAAGUCAUCAUGAAGAAAACAAUCGUCAUGUUCCGCAUGCUGGAUGAGGAAUGGACACCGUUAUCGCCGAAUCGACGCGAUCGUCGUCCUUAUCGCGGCUCCAACUGCGAGAACGAGAACUUUUACGGUGGCAGGUCCAUCGUCUUUUGCGUACCGAUGAGUUUUUUCGAGGAAGAAGCGAGCGGCGUCGAUAUCCAGCUCUACAUAUGGAAGGAACUGUGCAAGUAUUUCGAGAUGGAUCCGUGCCAAAUCGUUGGUUUCGUCGCCGUGCCGGUCAAUGAUCUUCUGAAUAGCAUCGCCAAGCAGAUCCGCGAGCGGAACGAAUUGGAGGAAUACUUGUCGGACUACUAUAAAGGACAGAUUAUCUCGAGGUCCAUGAAAGGAACAUAUACUUUGCUGGACGAAAACUUCCAGAAUACUUCGGCUACAAUCUCGCUCUACAUUCGAAUCAGCUAUCUUGGUAAAUGCAUCAUAACGGAGGUCACGUGCAUCGAAAGUAUACGCAAAUCAUUCCACGAUGAUUACGAGAAUCACGAAAAUCACAAAGAUCGCGAAAAUGAUGAGAAAGUGGACGAGUUCCAACCAUAUCUUUCUGAACAUGCAAAACUAAAGGAGCUUCGAAGUCGUCGCCAGGAUUAUACUGGUUUACUUGAUGUUCUUCGUGAGAAGUUCAUUGAAAAGGAAGCCACAGAUUUAGCUAGUAAUUAA